AUGCAGGUUCCAUCCCAUCUUGCCUCGUCUUUGUCUCCAGGCUUGCGGCGCAAGCAUCUGAUGUGGAAGAAUGCCGUCAAGCGGAUCAUCAGACAGUAUCAGCUAAAGGAGCAGUAUGGUGCCGAGCCAGCACGCAAGAUUUAUGUCACUGAUGUCUAUAUUGAAGAAAUAAACCGACAGAUACGAGACAAGAUGUCACGUGGUUGCACCAGACGCCGUUCCUCUGUUGUCCGUGUUCAUCCAUCCUUCUUCAGACAGGAAAAUUCUUCCAACAGCAUGCAGGCAGGUGCAACUGCCGAGUAUGCCAGUGAUGCUGAUUUUUUUGUGCGAUCGGGCCGUACUAUUCAUGGAGUCUAUGUCCCAACUUUGAGACACACCUUCAAAUCUCGUGACCUGGAGAAGCUCUACCAAAGGCACUCAUCACACACCAGACGUAUCUCACUGGUGGUCACGAACAUUAUCGAUGCUGCUGCAAAGCUGCACCUGCUGGUCCUGUAUCUGGUCCUCGCACCAGAUGGAAUAGACCCCCUCCAUGCCUGGAUGACUAGCUUUUUCAUGGCAUUUGCUGUAUUGCUUUGUGUUCUUGUGUUCACCUGCAAGCAUUCCCACUUUCCAGAGUGGCUGCAUUAUGCCGGCAUGGCCAGUUGGCUAUCACAGACUACCCAGGUGCUGGUUAAGCUUGGGUAUGGGCUAGAGAACGACCCGUCCUGGUAUGUACUGUUCACCCUGUUUGCCACGUACACACUCCUGCCAUUACCACUGCUGUGGGCCAUGGGGGCUGGCUCACUAACUUCAACACUACACCUUAUCGUGGAGACCGUACAGCACUUCAAUGAAGUGGGACUCCUGAGAAAGAUACUAGCAAAGGCCUUGCUGUAUAUGAGUAUGAACACAGCAGGGCUAUUCAUCCAUUAUCUGAUAGACCAGGCUCAGAGACAGGCCUUCUUCGAGACUCGGCGCUGUAUUGAAGGCCACAUGAAGCUGGAGAUGGAAAACCAAAGACAGGGAAGGAAUCAUGAGCGCUUGGUGUUGUCUAUAAUACCUCGCUUUGUUGCCUUGGAGAUGAUUGCUGAUAUGACCUCCAUGGAUGAUGAACUGCAGCUUCACAAGGUCUACAUCCAUCAGUAUACUAACGUCAGCAUCCUCUUUGCCGAUAUCAAGGGAUUCACCCUGUUGUCCAUGACCAUGUCUGCACAGGAGUUGGUGCGCACCCUGAAUGAGCUAUUUUGCCGUUUUGAUCGUCUUGCUGAGGAACACCACUGCAUGAGGAUAAAGAUCCUGGGUGACUGUUACUACUGUGUGUCAGGAGUCCCAGAGCCGCAGAGAGCUCAUGCUCGGUGCUGUGUAGAGAUGGGUCUGGCGAUGAUCAUCACCAUGCGAAAUGUGCGAAAGCAGCUGAACCAUGACAUGGACAUGCGGAUUGGGAUCCAUUCUGGCUCGGUUCUGUGUGGGGUUCUGGGCCUGCAGAAGUGGCAGUUUGAUGUGUGGUCCUGGGAUGUUGGCGUUGCCAAUAUGCUAGAAGCAGGUGGUAUCCCUGGCCGCAUUCACAUCUCACGCGCCACACUGGAUUGCUUGGAGGGGAGCUACGAAACAGAAGAUGGCCACGGUUAUGAACGUAAUGAGUUUCUGCGCAAACACAACAUCGACACUUUCUUCAUCUGCCCCAAAGAGGAGGACAACGCUAUGGAGGCAGAGCCUUCCAAAAUACGCAUGACCAUUCGCACCUCCAACACAGACAAUAUAUUUGGCAGCUUCACUAAUAUGAGCUGUAUUUUGGCGUCAUUCACAAACGGCUCUCAGGUGCAGCUGCCCAAUUUGAGAAACAGGUAUUCCAGCGCCAAGGAGAUUAAUAAACGGAUAGAGCAUGCCAUUAACCUGCGCAGCAGUGAGCGUAUGCAACAGGAGCACAUCAUUCCUUCCACACUGGUGUUCAAAGAUACGCACAUUGAGAAGAAGUUCUCCCAGAUGAGGGAUGAAACAUUUAAGACCAACCUGGUCUGCUCCUUCAUCGUGCUCCUCUUCCUCAUGGCAGUCCAGGCCCUUAUCCCUGCACCCAGGCCAUAUCCCAUCAUCAUCCAGUUCUGUGUGGUGCUACUGGGAUAUCUACUGUUGCUGGUGAUAGCGCUGGCUGAGGAGUUCAAACACUUCCCCAUUACACUUCAACGAUUCUGUUGCUGGAUUCAUGAGAACAACUUUAUGCGCUCUCUACUCACCGUCACUGCCAUAGCCUUGAACUUCAGCAUGGCUCCUGCUGACAUGGUGUGGUGUAACUUCAUGCAUGAAGAUGUGGAAAGCACGAACGAGACCAACCAAAGACCUCUAACUGUCUGCACUUAUCCUGAGUUUUUCGUACUGAGUGGUGUUGUCUCCAUGGUUACCUGUGCAGUAUUUAUCAGACUCAGCUCCCUUUUGAAACUCACCGUUCUGCUACUGGGAGCGAUCAUCUAUACUUACUUUGUCGAAAUGGCAUUCCAUACUCUUUAUGUCAGGCAACAAGAGCAGGAGCAACUCUCCAGAUCUCACUGCCUGAGAAGAAAAGGCGUCUCAGUUCUGUUAAUGGCGAUGUUUGUGAUAGCGGUGUUCUAUAACGGGCGACAGUGGGAGGCCACAGCCAGACUGGAUUUCCUGUGGCGUUUGCAGGCCCAACAGGAAGUGGAGGACAUGAGAGAGCUGAGAGAGCAUAAUGAGUGCCUGCUGCACAACAUCCUGCCUGCACAUGUUGCUUACCAUUUUCUGGACAGGAACAAGAAUGAUGACGAAUUGUACGCGCAGUCAUAUGAGGAGGUUGGUGUGAUGUUUGCCACCAUUGCUGGCUUUAAUGAGUACUACGAGCAGAAAGAGAUCAGACACGAAGGGGUGGAGUGUCUCAGGCUCCUCAACGAGAUCAUUGCUGACUUUGAUGAGUUGUUAGACGAGACAUACUUUUUGGAUAUUGAGAAAAUCAAGACUAUUGGGAGUUGCUACAUGGCAGCAUCUGGCUUAUCACCAAAUAAACAGACCCGUGGUGGGAGCUACUGGCAUCACCUGAGCGAACUGGUGCUUUUUGCUCUGGCAAUGCAAGAGACCUUGAGAAUGAUCAACAGACACACCUCCAACAACUUCCAGCUCCGUGUCGGAAUUGCACAUGGGCCUGUUGUUGCUGGAGUAAUUGGUGCAACUAAACCACAAUAUGAUAUCUGGGGGAUGACAGUAAACCUGGCGAGCCGGAUGGACAGCACGGGUAUCCGUGGGAGGAUCCAGGUCCCUGAGCCCACCAAGAAGCUUCUGUCUGACUGGGGAUUUGUCCUGGACCUGCGUGGAGAGAUCUUCAUUAAGGGUGUGAGUGAGCGGCAGGGACGCUUACGCACCUACUUUAUCAACAACAGCAGGGCUUACCUGACCACCAACGUGUCCAUGAAAGAGGGAAGGACAAUCAGACGCAGUGUAGGGAGGAACACACUGGCUUCGGUGGUGUUUAGUCUCCUCCGGGCCAUCCAGAAAGAGAAGCAAAGUGGCACCGCUGGACGAUUCUCACUGUCCACGAACAGCAUGCAGUGUUAA